GCUGGAUGGAAACAAGCAGUCUUACUUCAACACUGAGGAGAGGGGACAGCACAGGGACAAUAAAAAGGGUGAAACCCCUGUUCACACCCUGACAAAAAGCUCCAGUGCAGUGUCUGCUGCUGCAGGUGUUGGCUGCGUCCCGGCCUGGGCCCUCUGAGGGGAACGCUAUCUGAUCAGACUGCAGGGUCUGUGUCGUCGCCACUGUCCCCCGAGGCUCUCUGAGCCACAGGAAACAACACAUCAUUGACUGCAUCACACCUGAUAAACAGCAGAUGGUCAGUGUGAGGGCAGGAGGGUGAGGAGCUCCUGAGGACACUCAGGCACAGCGUGUGGUGAGCAGAGAAGAUGUAUCCCUGUGGGGGGGGCGUGGGGUGGACCUGUAUGAUCGUCCUGCUGGAGCUCAGUCUGCAGAGUGAAGCAGCGAAUGCUUUGGAUGCCAUCCUGCUGAGGAGUUCUGGGAAGGUGGAGGGAGUUCAGGACAUGGGAAGUGAUGCGGCAAUCCUACCUGAGCGUGUCCUGUGGUGCUACUGCUACCACCUCUGCCCAGAGUCCACCAACAACACCUGCAGGACGGAUGGUUACUGCUUCACCAUGGUGGAGGAGGAGGGGGAUACAGCUGUUCUCACAUCAGGCUGUUUGGGUCUGGUGGGGUCUGAAUUCCAGUGCAGGGACACAGGGAACUCCCGCCAGAGGAGAGUGCUGGAGUGCUGCACGGAUCAAGACUACUGCAACAAAGACCUGCACCCUGUACUGCCCCCCCUGAGGACCCCCAGUUAUAUAGGUGGAGAUAUUCAUCACAUCGCUCUCCUGAUCUCAGUCACCAUCUGCACCUUCAUCUUCACCUUCAUCAUCCUGUUCUGCUACUUCAGGUAUAAACGUCAGGUAUCAGCCACUCGGUACAGUCUGAGUCUGGAGAAGGAUGAGAGCUUCAUUCCAGCAGGAGAGUCUCUCAGAGACCUGAUAGAGCAAUCACACAGCUCAGGAUCAGGAUCAGGGCUCCCCCUGCUGGUACAGCGCACCAUAGCAAAGCAGAUCCAGCUGGUGCGGCAGGUGGGGAAGGGUCGCUAUGGUGAGGUGUGGCUGGGCCGCUGGAGAGGAGAGAGAGUGGCCGUUAAAGUGUUCUUCACCACAGAGGAGGCCAGCUGGUUCAGAGAGACUGAGAUCUACCAGACUGUACUGAUGAGACACGAUAACAUACUGGGGUUCAUUGCAGCAGACAUUAAAGGCACAGGCUCAUGGACGCAACUGUACCUGAUCACGGAUUACCAUGAGAAUGGUUCUCUGUACGAUUACCUAAAGUCCACCACUCUGGACACCUCGGCUGUACUCCGUCUGGCCCACUCGGCCAGCGCCGGACUGUGCCACCUGCACACCGAGAUAUUUGGCACCCAGGGCAAACCGGCCAUCGCCCACCGCGACCUCAAGAGCAAGAACAUCCUGGUGAAGCAGAACGGCAUGUGCUGCAUCGCUGACCUCGGCCUGGCCGUACGGUUCCUCAGUGACAGGAACGAGGUGGACGUUCCUUUAAACACUCGUGUGGGCACUAAGCGCUUCAUGGCUCCGGAGGUCCUGGAGGAGACUCUGAACCGGAAUCACUUCCAGUCCUACAUCAUGGCUGAUAUGUACAGCUUCGGCCUCAUCCUGUGGGAGAUUGCCCGACGCUGUGUGUCUGGAGGCGUGGUGGAGGAGUACCAGCUGCCGUACCAUGAAUACGUUCCUACAGAUCCGUCAUAUGAGGACAUGAGGGAAGUCGUCUGCAUCAAGAGAAUACGACCCCCGUUCCCCAACCGCUGGAGCAGCGACGAGUGUUUACGGCAGAUGGGGAAGCUGAUGAGCGAGUGUUGGGCCCACAGUCCGGCCUCCCGGCUCACCGCGCUGAGGGUGAAGAAAACGCUGGCUAAGAUGUCCGAGUCUCAGGACAUUAAACUCUGAGGGCCAGCUAGCGCGCUGCCACUGAGACUGCCACCAUGAUCCCACCCACAAUGCCCUGCUUUGGACUAGAGCAAUCCGUCUGGCUCUGACGAGUGUGAAAGCAGAGGAGAGUCCCUGACAGCACUUCUGAAGAUGAGCGGUUGAAGGCGUCUUCUUGUUUUCAGAGCAGCAGGUGUGGCAGGAUUCAGGGCUGAUCCUAAGAAGAGCUCCCUCUAGUGUGCAUCAGCCAAACAGCCCCGGAGCUGAAGGAGACGGACAGCACCGAGAACCGUGAAUGUUCCCUGUGAAUGACGCUAAAGCUAACGUGACUGGAUGAGGAAUUCACUCAGUGCCUUUGGGUUUGUUUCUACAGAUCACCCUGUGCAGUGCAGCGCUGCAUUUGUAGUGAUGUGAGAGAGAAAUGACUGAA